UGUUGUGAACGCAGCCCGCGCUGGACGGAGGCGCGGCGUCACGUUGAUGGUCGAAGGUGGUGGAAGGAAUCUUCCAGAACUGCAUUUUGGGAAGAAGAUGACAUCUCUUCCGAGCUUUUAGGGGGAAGCGGCGAUGCGGGAGCUGCCUUGAGGUGCGAGCAUCCACGGGAGACGCCGCCUCCGAGCCGUCAAGGCGGCAUGGUGGAGCGGUCGGACCGAGCCCCUCUGCUGGACUGGGAAGAGGUUCCGUCCCGCGGUGGCGCAGACGGACAAGACAGACUCUCCGGCCCCUCGGCGCCGGGAAGGCUCGGGUGGAGCAGCGGUCCCUCUAGCGCCCCGGCCCCGCCCGCCACCUCCAUCACCCAGGCGGGCACGGGUGACGCGCCACACCCGGACAGGGCGCGGCAUCCCUGGGAGUCAGGAGGCGGGGACGUGCGGCUGGAGGAGAGGAUGCUGACCUGGGAGGGGGAGAAGGACCAGAUCGUGUCCGUCUUCGUGGUGGCCUUCAACACCAGAACAGGCAACAUGCUGGAGUGGUGCCUGCCCACAGACAUGGACCUGGAAGGCGUGGAGUUCAAAGCCAUUGCCAGUGGCUCCCACAGAGUCACCACAGACUUCAUAUACUUCCGCAAGGGCCGCUACUUCGGUCUGGCCUGCUUCGCCAACAUGGCGGUGGAGAGCCCGGCGGAGCGCGGCGCCAGGAUGAAGUCGGUGGGGAUCCUGUCGCCCUCGUACACCUUACUUUAUCGCUACAUGGGCUUCCUGGAGCACCAGGUCAGGCUCCAGCUGCAGUCCCCGGGACAUUACUGGCCCCUGGAGGCCUUCUACCAGGACAAGAGGGCGCUGCUGCCCCCUGGCGGCGACGACCUUGUAACUGCGUGCCCUGUGGACCCCUGGGGGAGCGCCAUCAACCACAACAUGCACCCGGAAAUGAAGAUCACGCACCCGGCAGGCUGCAUGUCCCACUUCAUCCGCUUCUUCGGGGAGCAGAUCAUGGUCCUCUGGAAGCUGGCGCUCCUCCGGAGGCGGAUCCUCAUCUUCUCGCCUCCGCCGGUGGGCGUGGUCUGCUACAGAGUGUACUGCUGCUGCUCCCUGGCCAACGUCUCCAUCCCGGGGGUGGGCGUGGCCGUGCCCGAGCUCCGCCCCUUCUUCUACGUCAACGUGGCCGACAUGGGCGUCCUGGAGAAGGAGCUGUCCUACGUGGCAUGCACCACGGAGAAGAUCCUGGAGGAGAAGCGGGACCUGUACGACGUCUACGUGGACAACCAGAACGUCAAGAGCUGCAGGGAAGGCCUGAAGCCGCUGCUGCGCCUCACCCCCGCCGACAGGGACAAGUACCGCAGGCUCACCGAGCAGAGGAAGAUGCUGCUCUACUCUCAGGAGGAGAACGGCGACUGCGUGUCCAGCGAGGAAGAUUUGUUCAUUCUGUUUUUCUUGGAGCAGAACAACAGGAUUUUCCAAACCCUGAGCGAGGUGGCGGGGACUCCGGACCCCACUCUGACCCCGGAGAAUGUGAGGGCCAUGGGCCUGGACCCUCACGGGGACAGGCUCUUCCUGCUCCACCUGUUGGAGAUCUACGGCUUUGACACCCUGCUGAUGUCUGAGCAGCUCUGCUGCAGCUGA